AAUUAGAAGUAUCGUCGCUCGACCGAUACAGCUCAACCGUUUUAAACCAAUCUUUGAGAAAAUCUGUAUUGGCGACAUCUACUGGAAUUUUACAAGUUAAUAUCUUGCAUUAGUUGCCAUAACAUCGUCGAAGGACAUGCGCAGAUAUUAAACAAUAACAAAUUGAAACAAGUAAAAGGAUGCAGGAGUUAUACUAAGCAGGUGUUGAAAAAUAUUAGUUUUCCUGGUGAAAAUCAUUAAAAAUAUAAUAUUAUCAAUUAUAUUCAAAUAAAAAACUUUAUAAGAUAUAUAAAACGUGAUCGUAUUUUCUGAAAAAUGCGCGAAACCUAUGGGCCGGACUUUGACGAUCGUCUGAUACGUUUAGUGCGCGAUAAUCCGGCUAUAUACGAUGUUAACCAUGAACAUUACAGACGCUAUCAAAUUCGAAUCGCAAUCUGGGAAAGAAUUGCUGCGGAGAUGCGAACACCGUCCAAAUUUCUUCAAACCAAAUGGAAAAACAUUCGAUAUAAUUACUUACAAGAACUUAAAAGCUUGGAAACGGGUUUGGCAAAUGCGAAUAUUAGAAAACGUCGGUUUACAGAAGAUCUAUCUUUUUUGCAAAAUACUGCACAAACCUACAAAAAAGUGCCGCAUAUGAACACAUCAUACAACAGCUCCGAUAAUGAUAGCAACAGCUUCAUGUAUAUGGACCCUCAAAACACCAGCACAUUUGAAAUUAUUGAAAUAGAACACAGUGACGAUGGCAGCGAAGCAAGGGAUCACAGGAUUAAAAAUUAUAACGUUGAUGUCGCUAUGCCAUCCCAGCAAAUCCACGAGAAUGUAGAUAUUUCUCUACCUAAUAAUAAUGAUUGCUACGACGACGAGCAGAUACUYCCAGAAUUAAAUAUUCCAACCAAAAUUGAAAAAUUAAACAAACCACAGCAAGAUCAUACAAUUCAACAUAAAAAUAUAUCAACUCCACUUCAAAAGGCUGAAAUUGAUAGCUCAAACAUGGUAGCGCCAAUGGCGCCUUCUUCACCCUCGCAUUCAAACACCUCAAGUCUUUCGUCGCAAUUACUAACGCCAAUCGUAAUUUUGGGCAAGGAACGGAAUUGUGAAAAUAAUAAAUUAGAUCCAAAGCCAAAGCAGGCAGAAACGGCAGCAUUCCAACGGCAGCCAAAUGAUAUUAUGACUACUGCGUCAAAAAGAAAGUCUAUGCCGGCUCCAUUUCCAGUUUUGACGCCUAUUAAUGAUCCAAUUGAACUAUAUUGCCUCUCAUUAGUAGAUAGUUUGCGUAACAUGCCACGGACAGAAAGGGAACGCGUUAAAUUUGAGUUUGCCAAAAUACUUAAAGACGCCAAGUAUAAGGAUCAAAGUUAGUUAGCGUUUCAAAUUACAUCAUUUAAUAUCACUAUUUAAUUGUACCAUAACUCUAGUUGGUAACUUAGAAUAUUGGUCAUAAUAUUUCAUUUCUAUAGCUGUAAAGAAAACAUUAAUGUCAAAAUAAGGAACAUAUUUUUAAGUCCGAAAUACAACUCAAAUGUUUCUCUAAAAAUA